AUGGCGACCAGCAUGAAAUGCUUGUUGGGAGGGCGUCGAGUAGGAAGUUCCUACCGUCGCCUUGCAAACGUGUCCAUGGAACGACGAUUCUUCGCGACAGCAUCUUCUUCUGCUCACAAUUCCGCAACAACAACAACAACAGCAGGACAACGUCCCUUGUCCACCAUGCCCCAGCUACAGGAACGCUUCGCGCCCAAGCGAAGUGUGUUCUUGGAUAGUACAGACGAAAACAAUGACACACUACUGCGAUCGUCAUCAUCCUAUGUCAUGCAGUCCCUUCAAUUCAAGUAUCCCAAGCAGGAAAGGAAGAAGAACAAGAUGCAAGAGAAACAGCUCUCGUUGGGUGACUUUAUCGAGCUGGUACCACAAGCUGUUCGGCUUCGUCAGGCAUUGCUUACUUAUGGAGCGCAUGACAUGAUGAUGCAAUCGCGAGAGGAUCCCGUCAUGGCGCUCUUUCGGAAUCUCAACCUACAACCACACGAUUGGGCCCCCUAUGCUCACACAGACGCAUCAAAAGCCUACACACGAAACCUGAUUACCACCGACGAUGAGACUUUUACCUUGAUGCUGCUCUGUUGGAAUCCAGCACAAGAAUCCAAGAUCCACGACCAUCCUUGUGAUGGAUGUUGGCUCUCGGUGCUCCAGGGACAAGUCCAAGAGUGUCGCUACGAGUACCCCGACGACGACGACGCUGGCUUGAAGUGCAUUGCCGAUGAAACCUUUUCGCAAGGACAAGUGGCUUUCAUCAAUGAUUCCAUUGGAUUGCACAAGGUGGGGAAUCCUUCCAAGGACGUUCUGGCCGUGUCGUUGCAUCUGUAUGCUCCGCCCUUUGGAGAAUGCAAGGUUUGGGUUCCAGACGAGGAUGAUCCUGCGGGCAAUGUCACUCCCACCGCGUCCGACUGUGCUACAUACCAUUCCGAAUAUGGGCAAGUGCUGUAG